GCCAUCGGUAAGCAAACGUCUUGCCGUUUGCACGCAACAUAAUAUACAAACAAUCAGCUGAUGUUGGUCAUUCGUUGGAGGUUGAAUAUAAUACGAUUUCAUAAUGACUACAUUACGGACCACUACUACGACUGAAUUUCGAAAGAGAGUAUAUUUUGAUGGAUCGCCAUCACACGUUUUCAAUGAAAAAUGCCUAACGCCUUUAAUGAAAGCGUGUAUGUAUGGACGAUCCGAACAAGUCAAACUUAUCCUAGAAGAAAAACCAUUGGCAGUAGUAGAACGAGAUAGUGUUUUUAAGACAGCAUUGCACUACUGUGCCGAAAAUGAUGAGGACGAUGCAGAAUGUGCUAAACUUCUUCUAGAAGCCGAUCCAUCUAUAGUCGAUAUACCCGACGACGAUGGUCAUACGGCCUUACAUUUGGCUGUCAUCGCUGGUAAUUUGGCGUUAGUUCGAUUUCUGCUCGUGACUGGCCAGGCGGACCCAAAUAAACGAGACGCUGAAGGUCACUCGACUGUACAUUGGGCGACAGUUUGCGCCGACGUAGAUGCUCUCGAGUUGGUGCUCACUCACGGUGGCACAACAAGUUCGGCCGACGUUCACGGCGGAUAUGCCAUUCAUUAUGCAGCUCAAAUGUGCGGCAAUGGAGCAUGUCGUUCAGGCGAUGCACGUAAUACCGGUGUCCGCGUGCUGCAGCUGUUACUGUCGUUCGGUGCCGACGUUCACGUGACCGACAAACACGGACGUCAACCAAUUUUGUGGGCGGCCAGCGCAGGUAGUGCGGAUGCUAUAAUAACAUUGGUAAACGGAGGAGCAAAUGUAGAAUCGCAUGACAAAGACGGACUGACAGCGUUGCACUGUGCGGCCAGUCGAGGACAUGUUGAAUGCGUAGAUGGAUUAUUGACGUUGUGCGGAUGCGAAGUCGACGCGGUGGACAGUAACAGUUGCUCGGCUCUAUUUUAUGCCGUGACGUUAGGUCACGCAGACGCGACCGAGAUACUAUUGGAACAUGGUGCUAAUCCCGAUCGACAGGACGGCAAAGGAAGAACGCCAGCGCAUUGCGGUGCAUUUAAAGGUCAAUUAGAAACAGUCCGAAUUUUAGCCGAACAUGGUGCCAAUUUGUGGCUGCGAAAUUCAAAGGGUGGUUAUCCAUUGCACGACGCAGUGAGGUCCGGUCGCAAAGAGUUAGUCCUUUGGCUGAUAUCGAUGCGACCCGAGUCUAUAGACUAUUACGAUGACGACGGUAAACGGCCUUUGCAUAUUGCUGCGCUUAACAACAAUUUGGAAAUGAGUAAGAUUAUCUUAGAUAACGGAGCAUCAAUUAAUCCAAUUAUGAAAAUCAAAGGAGAACGAAUGACACCACUUGAUGUAGCUCUACGAAAAAACAAUAGACAUUUAGCAAAAUUUUUGAAUCUUUUUGGUGGUAAACCAGCUAGCAAGUUAAAUAAAACGUUGUCUAAACAACACUCUACUGUACGUGUUAAAACUAAAAGAAUUGAAUCUCGAAGAAAUUCGUAUUCGUCCGAUUCAAUUAGCCGAAAAUAUCGUAACGGUGGCGGUCGGAAAAAACAACUCAAUUCACGUAAAAUCGAGAGUCCCAAAUCUAGCAAAACAUCAAAAGGUCGUGUUGUUCAAGUGCACAUAAGGGCAAACGUGCUGACGAAAACGGUCGGCAAUUCGCGAGAUGACAGAAAGUCGUGCGGUGGCGGUACGUUGCCGAAAGCCCGUCGAAAGAAGUCAACGGGCGUUACCAACGAGCAAAAGGAAUGUUUUAGCGAAAACGAUAUGUGUUAUGAUGGCGACGGUGACGGAAAUUACGACUGCGAUUACGACGAUGACGACGACCCCGACAACGACGAUGAUGGCGACGAGGACGAGGAGGAUGAAGACGACAACGGCGACGAUGACGGUGCGGACGGUGGUUGCGUUGAAGAACAGACAAAUGGCUCGGCUGCGGCGGCAGCGGCCGAUCAUUGCGGUAAUAGCAGACGACUGCAGAGGAAUAGGCGUCGUGGUAACAGGAUGGCGACUCGAGGCGGCAGCGGCGGUGGCGGCCGCCAUCGACGAGACAAGACGGCAGCCAAAGCGAAUACUGUCACCGACCAACAACAAGAAUUACGCGCCGACGGCGUUGCAGCUAAAGCGACGUCCGGGGAGUUUGGCAACGGAGGUGGUGGAGGUAGCGACAAACUCGUAGACACGAAUCCUGCAGCUCUCGGAAAACACGACGGGGACGGCGAGAAACCAAAAACAACCGCGGAAAACAAAGACGUUAACCGUAACGGCAUCCGAUUAAAGGACGAUCAAGCGGCAAAAGUUAAAGAUAGCGAUGACGUCUUCGACCAGAAAUUGGUUUCGGCAACUGAACCGGAAGUGACAUCGCACAACAACCAUGACAAAAAAGACGACGGCCCAAUGUCGGCCACGGUUGUAGAACAAGGAAUCAAUGGUUUGACGUCGACAAUGAAAAGCGAUCCGGCGACGAAAAGCGGUCCUGCGACGAAAAGCGGUCCGGUGACGAAAAGUGGUCCAGCAACAAAAGGAGGCGAGACGUCGACAACGAUGAAAGGUGAUGAGGUGACAGUGAAAGACGGUGCGACGACGGUGACGGCAAAGGCAAAAGGAAGUGUGGCGGAACGGUCGACGAGUCGCGAGGGUGGCAAAACGCCGACGACAGGUCAAUCCAACAGUAGCAGAGCCAUAGUCGAAGUAUUAGAUCGCGUGGACACGCCACAACUGUCGACCACGGUCGGCGGCGACGGCAAUGUCGGGGUGGGAGUCGUUGCAGGAGGUCGAAACUUUGGAGGCGAACCGACCGCGUUCAGUGUGCUGCCGGACUCAGGACGUGACGACGAAAGACCUUGCGAGUGUCCCAAUUGUUGCCGACGAAAACCGUUACGGUCGACUUCGAAAAAAAUGAAAAGCCGAAUUCCUCGAUUGAAUAAUUACUGUAGUUUAGCACCUACUUAUGAUUUAAACACCAUGUCUGUAACGAAAGCUGUUCAACUGAGUAGUAGAAAAUAUAAUUUGGAACGGUUGAUUUUUUAUCAACUGUCUGAAUUAAAACGAUUACAAAUCAGAGCAGGCAAGUCCGACGAACGAGUUUUGGUUAAACGACUGGUUGAAGAGUAUGGUAGUACAGGACUAUUUACUGGAUUGAAAAGAUAUGACGGACCCUUUUCAUUUAAGCGUUUCGAAAAAUAUUUAUACGAUCAACUGUUGGUAUUGCAAAAACAAUCAUUGGCCGACGAUAAAACCACAGUCCCUAGGAUACAAUCAAUCGAUGAAGUAGAAAAAUUGGCUGGAGCUUUGCGACGGAUCGACACCGGCAAAACAGUGUUGGAGAAUCCAAACGAUUGUCUAUCGUGUGUCCGGACCACAAACAGGUGUUUUCACGCCACUCACGCAUACACCGGUGUGCCUUGUGCCGCAUAUAUACCGAAGUUCCGGUUGGACCAUCACCAGAUGCCGAAACCGCCGGCGAACGAUGGCCGUCGCCACCGCUUCCUGCCAGACAUUCGGACGGGCCAGGACACAUCCGGCGGAACCACUACUCGAUGCCUGCGCAACGUGGACCCGUCCAGGCCGAUCACACUGCAGCUAGGUAACGGGCCCUGCGCACAAGCCAUCGACUUGCCCACCGACAAGCUGGACAAGAACAAGCGGUACUUCGUUACGUUCACGAUCAAGGGAGCUGCGGACGGCGCGAACAACAAUCACCGUCCGCCGGCUCCAACCGCGUUCCGGGCCGACGGUCGCCGCGGCCAGGGCGUCGACUACAACCCACCGCUCGCCCACACUCACGCCAAAAGCUUUUAGCAUUUUUUUUUUUUUUUAUAUAUACUAUCAAACUGCAAUUGCAGCGGAAGUGGACUUACUCCGGACGUUCGCCGGUUCGAGUACAUUUUAAACACGUCCAGACCUUCACCGCGGGUACAAAUAUAAUGCGAACCGUAAUGUUGUCGCCAAAAAGCGAUUUAAAACUCGGCCCACCUAUGCCGCUUUACUAUCAAUAUUUGUCGAAUCGGUCGAGUCGCCGCACCAUUAGGUAUAUGCACAGACACUCUAUUGAUUUAUAACUAAAAUACUUGUAUUAUAGAUUUUGACGCAAGUCCGUCGUUUUCGACUGUUCGCGCCGACAUUACCGAAGAGCACACGUUAAAAGGAGACGUAAUAAUCGUUAUGUUGUUUUUGUUUUACGCGCGGACAACACAUCAAAUUUGCGUUCUACAAUUUCAAUUUUAUGUUGUUACAUUUGAUAUUAGAUGAAAUUGACCAACAGGCUGGGGGAAAAGAAUAUUAUCUCUACAGUGUUCUGUGGUUUAUUUUUACAAUAUUUUUUUUUAAUUUUUAAGCGAGUCGUGAUGAUUUUUUAAUUUAAAUUUUAAAAACUAUUUUACGCGCUGCGCUUAAAAAUCAAAAUUUCCUGAGAAGCCAACGAGAGAACACAGAUCGGUAUUCCUACCUUAAAGUUUGAUGAAAGGUCAAAUUACUCUAAUAUUUAACUCAAUAACACACAAUUGGAACAACAAAAUAUAAGUUUUGGUUGAAUGUUGUGUUAGUAAGACUAAAACAACACACGCGUGUACAUCCUAUUAAAGUGUAUAAUGUAGAGUGUCCGUGUAUUAAUUAAAAUUAUUAAUUAAAAUUAUGGCUCGACCAAUCCUACAAAUAUGCACAGUAUAGAACAUUCGUGAAAAAUACGAAUCUAGUUAUCAAAACGAAAUAAGUAUUACUAGCAAACCAUGCGCGGAUCUAAAAAUCAGAAAUGAUGUAGGCAGUGCUUGAUUUGGAAAAAAAAUAGAAGGGGGACUCAUCAGAUGUUUGAUAAACGAGCGUUCCACACAAAAUUAAUCGUCACAUUACCGUGGGGUCAAAUAGAAGGGGUACGCUAAAAAAAAAUUAAAAAAGAAGGGGGACUCCGCCCCCCCCCCAAAUCAAGCACUGGAUAUAGGUAGUUAGGUACAUAUUUUUCAGAAAAAAACACUAUUAUAAUUGGUUAUUGUUUUACAUGAUAGACUAUCGGUAAGUUUUGAUAACAAUAUUAACAAUUUGAUUUGAACUUAAUUUUUUUUUUUUAUUUUAAGACGUG